ACAUUUCAGUAUUAGACAACUUUUCACUACGCAAUCAAGUAGCAUACAAAAUAAUAAUCAUAAACAAGAAAAUACUUUUACUUCGAUUUCUCUGCGCAAUGUCGGACAAAAAGGUGAAUGCAACGAAGCAGAGUCUGCAUUCCAGCGAGCCGGACAGCCUUACCGAAUUGGCCUGGCCGCAGUUAUUGCCAAACUCUGUGACCAAUUACGACGAAUACAAAUUUAAGCUGGAUAUGCAAACGCUGCGCAAUGAAAAGGGUCUGGCGCUGCCUUUACAGAUGUGCAUGGAACGGUUCGCCGUCAGCCAAACAGGACGACUUCCGUUUCUGCGGUCCAGCAACUUAAUGGAUGAUGUGCUCACUGGUCGCUGUAACGAGUUCAACUUUUCCGACUAUCUCACUCGGCCCGCGUUCGAGCAGCAAGUGCGUUCGCCACACAUUGUCAUGGAGGAGUUCCUAGGCCUGCAACUCUAAGAGAAAGAGAAAGAUUCUAUAUUUCUCCUCUGUUAUGCUUUACAAUUAAAUACAAAUCCCUUGCUGCUGGCCAACUCAGUUAUGAUGAGUAGUAAUA